AUGAAACUCACAGAGAUAAAGCAUCCUAGCCACCCACAGCACACUUUGACACUUGUGGCUGCCCAAGAACCUUACAGUUGCGAUGGAUGCAAGCAAAUAGGGUUCAGACAAGGGGAAAGAUCGUGUUACGAGUGCAAGCAGUGCGACUUCCAUCUUCACGAGGAGUGUGCAAUGCCUGAAUCCUCUGCCUUCCACCCAUUUUUCGAAACUUGCGAGUUCAAAUUCAUUGAAAAUGUACAAGGGGAGAGGCGCUGUGAUGCUUGUGGGAAAGAUGUGCUAGGGUUUGUGUACCAAAGCCAGGACAAGAACGCAUAUGACCUACACCCAUGUUGUAUGAAGCUUGAACCUACCUUAAAUGGUGAUGGGGUGAAGCUGAAGCUUAGAGAAAAGGUCUCAUCAAGAUUGAAGUGUCUUAAAUGUAAAAGCAAGAAAGUAGCUAAUAAUAUAGAGGGCUGGUCUUAUGAAUCCAACUGUGGCCAGUAUUGCUAUCAUGUGGCAUGUGUGAAGGACUUAAUUCUUGAUAAUUGGAAGAAGGGUCAGACAAGUGACACGGGGUUGCAAAUUAUGGUUCCAAAUAUGGAAGACGCAGUAGAACAAAGUGGACGAAGCAAGAAGGGAAAGAAGGUUAAUAAAUAUUUGACGAAGGCUAUACUUGUUCUCAGGCUCAUUAUUUCAGCCAUCUUUGGAGAUCCGAUUGGGAUUGCUGUAGUGUGUUUUGAACAGUUAUUUUCAAGUUGA